AUGGAACGGAAUGAGGCUGGUUCAAUGGGACUGAAGAAACCCCACUUAGUCCUAGGGCUAGAAGUUGCAUUCACAGACUUCCAAUGCUACAGAAACAACCUGCAACCCUGGACAGCAGAGAUCACCACUAAGCGCUUGGUGGUGAGGUGAGGGCAGCCAUUCACCAUCACUCUGCACUUCCAAGCCUGAGGAUACCAGCCAGGAGCAGAUACCAUCCUCCUCAUCACAGAGACUGCUGGCGAUAUGUAUCUAGCAAUUCCUGGAAGGCAGGAAUAUGUAAUGAAUGACUAUGGCUUAAUCUACCAGGGAAACAAGAACUGGAUCCAUCCCUAUCCUUGGAACUAUGGACAGUUUGAGGAGGACACUGUGGAUAUCUGUCUGAAGCUACUGGACAGGAGCUUAAACUUCCAGCGUGACCCAGUCAAAGAGUAUUCCUUACGAAAUAAUCCCAUAUACCUCAGUAGGGUGGUGAGCACUAUGAUCAACAGCAAUGUUGACAGCAGGGUUCUAGAAGGGAACUGGAGCGAAGAUUACUCCAGCUGCAUCUGCCCAUCUGAGUUGAAUGGAGUUGUCAUACUGAGACAGUGGGAUGCUGCAGGAGGUCAACCAGUUAAAUAUGGGCAAUGCUGGGUCUUUGCAGUUGUGAUGUGCACAUAUAGGGCGAUGAUGAGAUGCCUGGGGAUCCCAACCCGUUACGUUACCAACUUUGAGUCAGGCCACAAGAAAGACAGCAACCUGAUUAUUGACGAGUUCUAUGAUACCACAGGCAGGACUGGCUCUGACAGCAAGGACAGUGUGUGGAACUUCCAUGUCUGGAAUGAGGGCUGGAUGGCACAAAGGAACCUGCCCCCAGGAUACUCAGGGUGGCAGGUACUGGAUGCAACUCCUCAGGAAACUAGCAAUGGGAUGUAUUGCUGUGGUCCUGCCUCUGUCAUAGCCAUCAGAGAAGGGGAUCUGAACCUCUGUUAUGAUCAUAGAUGUAUGUUCUCCAUGGUGAAAGCCGACUGCAUUGCCUGGCUUGUCUAUGGCAAGGAAGGAAAUCUUCACCGGGACACGCACUCUAUUGGGAACCACAUCAGUACCAAGAGCACUGGGAGCGACGAGUGCGAGGCUAUCACCAAAGCUAUAAGAGAGAACCAUAACCAGGAGCCACGGAAAGUGGCACAAACCUAUCUGAAAUUUAAAAUCACUGAGUCCCCUGAAAUUGGUCAGGACAUCAAGUUGAUCCUGCUAGCUUGUAACCUGGCUUUUGAGUAUAAGAAUGUAAAGCUGAGUGUGAGUAUCCAGUCCAUGCUGCACAAUAGCACCCCCCUGCCUCCCUUCUGGCAGGACACACUGUACAUCACUUUCCAUCCCAAAGAAGAGAAGAUCAUUCCAUGGACGAUCUCAUACCCCUACUAUAGGAACCAUCCCCUAGACAAGCUGGUUCAGGUCACUGCAAUGGGGGAGGAGAACACCACCUGGGAGAAGCUGCUCGUGAAAAAGAUCACCACCCUGGCUUAUCCUGCUAUCCUCAUUAAUGUCUUGACGCCGGUUGUGGAGAAGCAGCCAUUUGCUCUCCAAGUGGUAAUUGCCAAUCCCCUCUAUGAGCCGGUGGCAGACUGUGUCCUUACUGUGGAAGGCGGCGGCCUGCUCAAAGAACAGCUCAGCACUGAAAUAGCAGACAGCAAGGGGAGCGGAGGGCAGGGCUGGGAAGAGCAGGUAUUUUACGUGAAGUCACCAUUAUUUCCGCUAUUUAGCAUGGGAGCCCUCAGACCCCAAGAAAGGACCAGCAUCACUUUCCAAAUCAUCCCCUUCAAGAGCAGCCAAAGGCAGCUCCAAGUAAACUUCAAGAGCAACAAGUUCAGGGAUAUCAAAGGGUACAAGACUCUCAUGGUGGCACCCACCAGUAGAUUUUAA